UCAAGUAAAAAACAUUACAUGGCUUUAUCAAAAGAAGUUAGAUGUCACCACGGAGGAGCACCUCAGGCAACGUGUCAAACUCCCAUGCCUCCUAGAUACAGAAAAUUCCCCACCGCCAUUUCCAUCCAUGUGUCACUCUGUUACAAACCUCACCUCCACUCGUCACUCUCCCAUAACCUCCUUCUCCUCAACGUUUCUUUCCUCCCAUGCAUAUAUCAUCCACCACCACUCUGCUAUUCCUUCACCACACUACCACAUUCCAAUCAACAAAAUCUCAAAAUUCCAUCUGAAACUCGUUACAAUCAUCAAAACUCCACAAACAUCAUUCAAUGGCGUCAAGUCAACAACCAUUCAAGGGAGACAGAGCUGAGGCAGCCGCCAAGCUCGCCGCCAAAGACAUCGGCGAUAUCAACCGAGCUAAUGAGCGAGACGAAGGGUUUUCCCUCAACAAAGAAGCUAACUUCAAGCAGGCACGAGCUGAGGCAGCUGCGAAGCUCGCCGCUAAGGAUCUUGAAGACGUGAACAGAGCCAGAGACGCCGCAUUUGGCAGCGGUGGCGGUGCUUCCGUAGAGUACCAGAACCAGCAGAGACCUGGUGUCAUCGGGUCCAUGUUCAAGGCUGUGCAGGACACUGUUGUGCACGCCAAGGACGCUGUCGUCGGAAAAAGUUAUGAAACCGGGGAUGUUAGAGGCAGAGCAGGGGAAACAGGGUCCAAAAUGGGAGAAUACACAGAUUAUGGUGUUCAGAAGGCAAGGGAAACAAACGAGGCGGCGAAACAGAAAACUGGUGAGUAUGCUGAUUAUGCUUCUCAGAAAGCAAGAGAAACCAGAGACACCACGGUGAACAAAACAGGGGAAUAUACAGAUUAUGCUGCAGAUAAGGCGAAGCAAGCAAAGGACACAACAGUGAACAAAGCUGGAGAGUACACGAAUUAUGCUGCUGAGAAAGCGAAGGAAGCUAAGGAUGCGACGAUGAAUAAGGCUGGGGAAUACACAAACUAUGCUGGAGAGAAGGCGAAGGAAGCUAAGGAUGCAACAAUGAAUAAGGCAGGAGAGUACACGAACUAUGCUGGAGAGAAGGCGAAGGAGGCGAAGGAUGCUACGGUGAAUAUGGCAGGGGCAGCCAAAGACACGACAGUGCAGAAAGCAGGGGAAGCUAAGGAUUACACUGCUCAGAAGGCGAAAGAAGGGAAGGACGCGACGGUGGGGACGCUUGGGGGGCUGAAGGACUCUGUUAUGGGUUUCUUCACUGGGAAGAAAGAUGAAACUGCAGAGAAAGCUGUGGAGGCAAAGGAUAGGACAAAGGACAUGCUGAGCGGGUCAAUGGAGGGAGACUCGAGGAGGAGAAUGGAAGAGCUGAGGGUGCAAGAAGGAGGGCGGGGUGGAGAGAAAGUGGUGGUGAGAAUGGAAGAGUCCAGGCCAGGGGUGGUGGCGGAUGCUCUCAGAGCUGCGAAUGAGAGUAUCAGUGAUAAGGGAGCAUUGGAUGAAGAAGGUGUCAUUCAUGUGGAGCGUCGUCGUGAGAAAAUGUGACAAGAUAAAGAGAUGAUCGUGUAAUGUAAAGUUGUGUACUGGUUAAUAAGUUUACUGCAUUACUAGUUUACUAUGAUGGAGAUGUGUUUUGUAAUAAUAUUUUGUUGCUCUUUUGGGCUGGUUGUUUACUAAAUUUAAUCAAAUCCCAUGUACUUUUCAUUGUGUAA